AAGAUAGGGAGAGAAGGAGAGAGAUUCUCGCGGGAAGGGAAGGAAAGGAAGAGGGAAAAGCGAAUAGUCGUCAUCGGAGUCAUCGGAGCUCCUUUCUCUCUCUCUCUCUCUCUCUCUCUCUCUCUCUCUCUCUACCUCCUCCCAAUCCACCAAAUUCGUCGUUGUCCUCCUUCCCACGCUUCUCCGUCUGGUUCGAAUCAAUCCCAGAAUUCUUGGGUCUGAUCUCUUCUCUUGACUCCGGCCGGCUCGUGUAAUUUGGCAUCUUUUGGUCUCCAGGGACAUCUUAUAAUAUGCAUUUGCGCAUUGGGGGUAUCGUGAUGGAUGGUUGGUAGGUCGCGUGAUAAAUAAAGUGAAUUCUUUUUUGGCGGGGGGCAGGAUUGAGGUUGAGGAAUGGAUUCGGCCAGGAGUUGGCUCCAGAAAUUCCAGCCCAGGGAUAAGUUGAGAUCAAAUACGAAGAAGAAGGAGCCGGGUGGUUCCGGGAGAGAGGAUUCGAGCGUGCGCUUGGUGUCGGGGGAUGAAGCGACCUCAAAUGUCACCAAGCAGAGGGUCGCGGCCGCCAAGCAGUACAUCGAGAACCAUUACAAGGAGCAAAUGAAGAAUCUGCAGGAGAGGAGGGAAAGACGAAUUUUUUUGGAAAAGAAGUUGGCAGAUGCUGAUGUCUCUGAAGAAGAUCAAAACAACCUCCUCAAAUACUUGGAGAAGAAAGAAACAGAGUACAUGCGUCUUCAAAGACAUAAAAUGGGUGUUGAUGAUUUCGAAUUAUUGACAAUGAUUGGAAAAGGUGCAUUUGGAGAGGUUAGAGUUUGCAGGGAGAAGACAACAGGUCAAGUAUAUGCAAUGAAGAAGCUCAAGAAAUCAGAGAUGCUUCGUAGAGGCCAAGUUGAGCAUGUGAAAGCCGAAAGAAAUCUGCUUGCAGAGGUUGACAGCAAUUGCAUCGUCAAACUAUAUUGCUCCUUCCAAGAUGAUGAGUUUCUUUAUCUUAUAAUGGAAUAUUUACCGGGUGGGGACAUGAUGACUUUACUUAUGCGAAAGGAUACCUUGACCGAAGAUGAUGCCAAGUUUUAUGUUGGGGAAACAGUUUUAGCUAUCGAAUCAAUUCAUAAGCACAACUAUAUUCACAGAGACAUCAAGCCUGAUAAUUUACUACUAGAUAGAUUUGGGCACCUAAGGCUGUCAGAUUUUGGAUUAUGCAAACCAUUAGACUGCAGUACUCUGGAAGAAAAGGAUUUCUCAGUAGGAAACAAUGUUAAUGGAUCAAAUCAAAUUGACGAUCGUCCUGCAGCUCCAAGACGUACACAACAAGAGCAAUUACAACACUGGCAGAAGAACAGGAGAAUGCUUGCUUAUUCGACUGUGGGUACACCUGACUAUAUUGCUCCAGAGGUUUUGUUGAAGAAAGGUUAUGGGAUGGAAUGCGAUUGGUGGUCUCUUGGUGCCAUCAUGUAUGAAAUGCUCGUGGGGUAUCCGCCAUUUUACUCUGAUGACCCAAUGUCUACUUGUAGGAAGAUUGUGAACUGGAGAACUCAUUUGAAGUUUCCUGAAGAAGCAAAGCUUUCUUCAGAAGCAAAAGACUUAAUUAGCAAACUUCUGUGUAAUGUGAAUCAGAGAUUGGGUUCAAAAGGAGCACAUGAAAUAAAGGCUCAUCCAUGGUUUGCGGGUACUGAAUGGGAUAAACUUUAUCAAAUGGAAGCUGCAUUUAUUCCUGAGGUUAAAGAUGAGUUGGAUACUCAAAAUUUUGAAAAAUUUGAAGAGCAGUCUGAUACUCUUGAACACUCAUCGAGCAAAGCAGGUCCAUGGAGAAAGAUGCUUUCUUCUAAAGACAUCAAUUUUGUUGGAUACACAUACAAGAACUUUGAAAUUGUCAAUGAUUACCCAGUCCCUGGGAUGGCCGAGUUAAAGAAGAAAAACAGCAGAUCGACGAGGCCAUCCGUGAAGACACUUUUUGAGGAAGAAGAGUCGAAGUCUUCUGGUACCAGCAUUGACGAUUGACCUGGUUGAGGAAGCGAUUACAGCUGAAUACAUAGGAGUUGUGAUUUCACAUAGUUGCGAAACCAAGCAUGAUCGCAGGGUCCGAGAUUACACCACAAGCUAAUUUAGCUAGGAAAGAAAUUAAGUACUGAGCAAUGAUCACACUCAUCGUGGAUAUGAUAUUUGCUCUAAGUCUCAAUCCCUCUCACUCCUGGGGAAUCGAAUGGAUCGUCUUUUUCCUACUGUAGGUGAACGGGAUGGGCGCAUAGGAUCUCAUUUCGGGGUUUGAUUUGGUCUGAGAUGUUCGCGGAGGACUCUGAAGCCAGUCUCAGAAGAGAAACUAACGAGGGAGGCAUCUGAAACUUCCCCUCAACAUAUCAAAUUCCAGAUUUCUUUCUUUUUCUUAUCUUGUAACAUUUCAGUGUAACGAUAGUGAGAGUUGCACUAUAAGUACGGGAGAUACAAACAUUGGAAAGAUCUAAACUUGGAUGUGGGAUGUGCGAAAGUCUGUUUCACGUAUUGUAUUAUUGUUCAUAGUUGGAAGCUUGAAAAUAAAGCCCUCGUCAGCGUGGUGCUUCGAUCUC